AUGACUUUCUACAAAGGUCCAGUGGUGAAACAAUAUUCUCCAUCUUUUCUUCAUCUUGCCACGUCACCACACCUCUUCAUCUUUAUUUCUACACAUGAGAAUUGGGUUCUUGGUUGCUUCUUGUUUGCAUCUGCUUCCUUUGCUCUUGUCAUAUGGAACAUUAUUCAGGGACCCUCUUAUGCCCUAUUUUUCAAGCCUGUGGGAGUUCCAUUUGCCAGCACUUGUGGUUGUGUGCUCUUUGCUGCGACUUUCCACUAUGGAAGCAUGUUGAGUGCAUGUAUAUGUGGACUUGGUUAUUACACCACGCUAUGGGGACAACUCAAAGAAGACGAGACAAUGAAAAACAAGAAAGGCAACGUGAUUACUUCUGAUGAAAGAGUUCCUCUUCUGCAAGAACAACAAGAAGAAGAUUCACAGGUCUAG